AUGUCGGUCUUUUCCUACAUCGCCUCGGGCAUCAGCUCGUUUGUCGUCGUCACGUUGUCCCUCUUCGCCAUCGGCCAGAAGGUUCCCCGCGCCGCCUUCGUCGCUCGCUGCCUAGCUGCCUACGGCUCGCUUCUCCUCUGCGCGACCUACGGAGUCGUCGCUUCGAUUGUCCUACGUCUCGUCGGCUACGGCCGAGUCUCCCAAUGGGCCACCGCGCGCAGCUUCAAAUGGGUCAUGCGCUGCACCACCGGCGUACAAUUCAAAAUCGUCUCCGGCAACGAACACCUCUCCACUCGGCCUGCCGUCUUCAUCUCCAAUCACCAGUCGGAGCUGGACGUGCUCAUGCUGGGCGCCGUCUUCCCGCCCUACUGCAGCGUCACGGCCAAGAAAUCCUUGCGCAAUGUGCCCGUCCUGGGGUGGUUCAUGGCCCUCUCCCGCACCGUCUUCAUUGACCGCGCCAAUCGCGAGACGGCCGUCAAGGCCUUUGAUAGCGCCGCCGAUGAAAUGCGCAACCACCGUCAGAGCGUCUUCAUCUUCCCCGAGGGCACGAGAAGCUACUCAGACGACCCAGAGAUGCUGCCGUUCAAGAAGGGUGCGUUCCAUCUCGCCGUGAAGGCCGGUGUGCCGAUCGUUCCUGUCGUGGUGGAGAGCUACUCGCAUAUCUUGUCGCCUCGGAAUAUGCGAUUCAAUGCGGGGACCAUCGACAUCAAGGUCCUUCCCCCCAUCAGCACCGAAGGCUUGGCCCCCGCCGACGUCGAUGACCUGACCAAAUCGACUCAACAAUCGAUGCUGAAGACCCUCCUGGAGAUGUCGCAAAAGGAUAAGACGCAAGCCGAUAUUAACGGCGCAACCAGGGCUACUUCCUCCGCGGUUGAGAUCUAG